AUGUCUACCACCGAAGAAUUGCAAACAUUUGUUUUGAACAUUCUUGAUACAAAAGGUCUGAUUGAAAACUCAAAAAAUCUUAAAGCUGAAGAUGGAAAAGAUAUUGAUCAAUUAGUUUUAUUGGGAGCUUUAAAAAGUUUAACCGAUAAAGAAAUGAUAAGAUAUGAUACCAUCGAGGAAGAAAUAUGGAUACUUACUGAAGAAGGCAAUGAAAUUGCUAAUAAUGGGAGUCAUGAAGCAAGAGUUUUUGAAACUAUCCCUGUUGGUGAUGAAGGCAUAUCUAUUAAAAAAUUACGA